ACUGGCUGUCCGCAUCCCUUCUUCAUCCAAGACAACCUCAAUCUGUGGUCGCUGGCAGGCCACCGAGGUAAUACCCCUGCGGUCGACGUCCACGCUCCUUACCAGCAAAAAACUGUACAAACCCCCUCCACACUACAUCCGCGUCUGCCAUGACUAUUCCGAAGUCUAGUGGAUUCCGUGUCGUCCAUACCGGCGUGCAGCCUCGGGCUAACAACGAUGGCCUCUUGGGCGGACUUGAUGGUGGACUGGGUGGUGGACUGGGUGGUGGAACUUUCCCCACCCUCUCCAUCCCGGGAAUUGGAGGGUUAACCAGCAUCCUCGGUCUGCCCGGUCCUGACACCUCGACGACCAGCUCAGCAACGACGACGUCAGUCCAGACUACGACCACCUCCAACACCAUAUCGCUGACCGCUUCUAGCAGUACUACGUCGUCCGAUACCCUGACGACGGCCUCGAGUUCACCCACGACCUCAAGUACUACUACUACCUCCUCAAUUACAACAACCUCUUCAACCUCCACCAGCACCAGCACCAGCAACAUUGCUACAGCCACUCCUCCGUCGUCCAGCACUGCGGAGACAUCGACCAACACAGUGACGCAGAUUGUCGGCCCAAGCACCUCUUCGUCGACCUCGUCCGCGACCCCAUCGCCCCAAGCGGACGCCGCGCCCAAGUCCUUCCUCCAGAACAAGGCCUUAUCCGUCGGUGUCAUCACCGCAGCGUCGCUCGUCGGUCUCGUCCUGAUCAUCGCGCUCGCGACGUGGGCCAUCCGCAAGCGCCGUCACGACCGUCUGCACGAAGACAUCCUCGACUUCUCCACCGCGAACCUCGUCGGCGAGUCCCACGACGCGGAGAAGGGCGCGGGCGCAGGUGCGGGCAGCGCUGACACUUCGAGCUCGGGACACGGCAGCUCGUUUGGUCACGGCGGCUCGCUCCCGCCCGCCGUCCAGCCGCGCCAGGCGUACCAGCUGCAGGAUCCGGGUGCAGGUUACGGAGCGGCGGCAGCGGCAUAUGGCGUCCCCCAGCGUGAGCCUAGCCGUGCUGCUCAGCCGUACGGUGCUCAGGCUGCGUACGGAGGUGCUUACGGCGCGUACCAGCAGCCGAAUAACACGUACGACAAUUGGAAUUACGGCUACGGUGCAGCUACACCCCCAUCCCAGCAUGCGUACGAUCAGGCUUACGGCGGUAUGGAGGACCCUUAUGGUGGCGUAUACGGUAACAUGCAAUACGAUAAUACGGGAAUGAUGGCGGGCGUCGGUGCAGGUGCGCAGCAGCAAGCCCCGGCGAACCCUCCCCAGCGUCGCCCAUCGGCACAGCGCAAGCCCGCCCCACCGCUGAACAUUCCGACGGAGAACCCCAUCGCCCAGCCUGGCAAUGUCGUCAGUCCCGAGUCAGCUAUGUCGCUGAACAACCCGCCGCUUCAGGCCGCUGCGAGCUCUAACAGUGCGAACCCUCCGCGCCAGCGACGCACCUCCCUGCUGGACCCGCCUGCUACAGGUAGCGCAGAGAGCGGCAGUGGAAGGGCGUACCCAAAUCUGCCUCCUCCCGCCCCGUUACCUGACCAAUUCGGCGCUUCAAUCGGUUCUCCGACUGAGAUCGAGGAGCCUCGCCGCCUCAUCGUUCGCAACGAGUAAGUGUGCUUCGACUAUGGCCGGCCACCUGACGAUGGCCCCCGCUACCGGCCGGGACAAAGCCCGACGAUACCAUGUCCAUGUCCUCAACCUCCCCACACCGCUGUAGCAUGCCUUCGCACUUCACCACUGCCUGUUUCCAGUCUCCCCUUCGGCUUCCUGCACAUACCACGCACGCAUGCACCCCGCGCAUCGCAUUGUCUCGACCCUUCCGUGUAUCAUCCGUCGGCUGCCGCCCCGUUCUGCUGUCGCUCGCUAUCUCUCUUGCUUUUGGCCCGAGCCUGACAUUGAGAUGCCGCUCGUCGUCGUCCCAGGAUGCGCUCUGCCCCGUCCUGCCACGACGUUUCGCUCGCUUCUGACAUGCCGGACACUCAGAGCUCAGGUCCUUGGGAGCUUGGGUAGAGCCGAGGCAUUUCGAGGGCCGCGCGUCGCUUCUUUCUCUCCCCGCACUGCACUGUACUGUUUUCACCUUGUCGUUGUCGCCUACGGCUGUUUAUCCAUUGACUGCUUCAGCACACCGUGACAUUAGUCCCGCGUACCUUAUUCGCCCGUGCACGUCUGUAUCAUUAGUUUAGCCCUGUGCUUGUCCUCGUUCUACCUACUGAUCUCACGCACGAGUCCGGCUGCCCAUGCCUUGCUGUGGCAUCUAGAUCUCUGCUUUCUCAGUCUCCCCCUCUUAACAAAGUAGGAUUAUACGUAUUAGCUAGAUAGCUAGACCGGUAUCAGUUACCUACUAAUGCUAGUGGCGCGGUUGGUCGCCAUCGUCGAAACCGUAAUGGGGCUGUGGUUGUGUAGAUUUGUGGAUUGUGUGCCAUGCCAAAGGACCCCCGAUUAU